AUGGACCAAUUUCCCCCUUCGUCUCCUCCUGAGGCAUCUGCUUCUGCUUCUACCAGACAAAAGCUACCUCGUCAUGAAUUUGAUAUUGGUCGUCUUCACCAGAAAUUAAUGGCCACGUCCAAUUCCCUUCAACCAGUAGACGGUUUGGGACUUAGUUCUCAAAAGUCUGGAUUAUUACCUGCUUUUGUUCCAACUGAUGUUAUUGAUAAAUCUAAAUCUAUUGGUAAGGGUUAUGACAGAUUGCCAAUUAAAAUUCAUGAAGAUACAGGACCAUUCUCUCCGUCUGCUAAAGCUUCUUCUAAUAACAUAGAUCAAGCCCGCAUGUUCUAUCCUACCCCAGACCCUUCUUCUACUAUUGGAGAUAGAUCUUCGUCUCCUGGCAGACAGAAAAUAGCUGUUAGUCGUAAUAAUGAGCCUUCGUCUCCCGUUAAACGAAACCGCGACUCUUCUACUGAUUUACUAAAAUCCAAGAAAUCUGCCAACUCUAGUGCUAGCAAUUAUCCAACAUUCGCUCCUUCUCAUGCACAAGAGCAGUCGUUUACAAUUAGAUCACCAUUAUCUGCUGUCGCGCUAGUUCGUCUUCCCACCUCUGGUAAGACUGUCACAAUUGGCAGGUCAUCGCAAUCCUGUGAUGUUGCCUUGUCUAGAAAGAACAAGCUCGUGUCUCGAGUACAUGCCAGUGUCAGAUAUACCGCAUCUACUAACACCCUCUCAAUGGAGUGUUUAGGAUGGAAUGGUUUGACUGUGGUUGUGCCAUUUUAUGACAAAAAAGUCGAUCAACAAACCCUUCAUGACGGGUAUCCUACAGCCACUGGUACUUCCGACUAUGAAGUACCUAAAGGGCAUGGUGUUGAAGUGGACUAUGUUCCUGGCAUCACUAUUGAUAUCAGAGGUGAACGCGCAUUAUUGGAAAUCGUCGACGACGACGUCAAUGAUGACACUGAGGACGAGAGUGUGGCAGGAUCUCAAGUAAACACCAAGUCAUCUACUCCCCAGCCUGAAUCAUCCCUCCAAUCAAUUGACCAUCACACCCUUGAAAAUGUGAUGCAAGUCGAAUCCAACGACAAACAACUCAACACAGAUGCCUCUAACAAUAAUGCUCUACCGGCAUUACCUGAGCAAGAGAACCAACCUUCGACUCCCGACUGUCCUAAUACCCCGUCUCGCAACGCCGAAUUCUCUGUAGAAGCUGCCCAAGUCGCAACUCCCCCAGCUGCUUCCGAGAACGACCAAGUAUCAAGACAGCUGCCGCCAUCGUCUCCUCAUUUUGCUGGCUCCACUCCCUCCAUCUCCAUGCUCUCAUCCCCUGUCAGAGAGCGAGAGCGUUUAGUCCACGAAGACAUGCCACUAGUCGAAGAAGAAGAAGAGGAAGAGCAAGAAGUGGAAGAACAAGAGGAACAUCUUGAAACAACUUCAGAUCAAGUUACAACUCCCAAGACCGCGGAAACUCUAAACGAAACUAUUGCUGCUGUACACACUGUGCCCUCUGAAAAUACAGUCUCACAGAAAGAGGUGGUGACCUCUAGAUCCUCCUCAGAACAACCCGAGAUUCCUAAACACCUCCACAGCAAACCGACCCUGGCGCCAACAGCCUCAUCUACGCCCUCGACACCCCGUCCACUGUCCGACUCUGUCUCCCUCAACAUCAAAACAGAACGUCUUGACUCAUUAUCACCACAAACCAACUCUCGAUUUAAACGAGCAGCCUCCGAAGAGCCCUCGAAAAAGCGCAAAAAGGUCAAACAGGAAGAUGAGUCUGAUCAAGAUUUAGAACUUGGUGCUGAAGAAAUCCAAAAAAUUUCACACCUCGUUGCCAAUAACCUAGCAUUCUCCAGACUAUCGUCUACCCCUAUCUCCACAUUACGCAAGGCUCUAGGAGUUCUCUCGUCAGUGCCAAAAUCAAAACUUCGCGACAUCCUCUCUAAUAUCAAAUGUGUUGGUGUCAUUCAGAGAUCCGGUAAAGAUGCUGCUGGCAAACCCUUGGAAGAGGAGUACUACUAUCUCCCAGAAAACGACGAUGACGAGCACCGACGUCUGAUGCUCGAACAAUCUCGAGGCCAUGGCGGUCUAAGGUCUUGUAGACGACAGCACAAGCAGGUAAGUAACCCAUCUCACCCUCCCCUUAAAACAAUACUAACAAAAACAGUACUACUGGAAGAAACCUUCGGGCAGGUAGACAACACCCCCGGUUAA